AUGAAAAGUAAAGAAGAGGACAAGUGGAGGAAUAGGAGGACAAAUGCGAAUGGUGUAUGCGGUUACUUGGUGAUGAAAUAUUUUGAGACAAUAGACAAUAAGAAUCACGAAAGACAUGGAACAUUAAAAAUUUAUCAUGGAAGCCAGCUGUUGCCUUGUACAAACAAAACAAUUACUCUUUCAUGGUCACCACUACCUCUCCCGUGUGUCUUCACUUUUCUAUUUCUUCAUGUAAUCCCACAGAUGUGA